UCGGAAGAAAAACAAAAAGGAAACGUACUGGUCUCUGUCGAAAGAACAUUUCACACAAUCUGGCUUGUAAAGUAAGCCCAGAGCUUUUGAGACCAUGAUGUCCAUAUUUGGGCCUGGGUCGACCUGUGAAAGAGGGGGGGGGGUUGAGUUCUUAACAAUGGAGCAGAAUGCUCUGCGGAGCUUUCUGAUGAUUUUAUGGAAAGCGCAAGGAGUCAAAUGUAAGAAAAGGGAUGUUAGGUAGGGCGUGGCAGCUUGACGAGGAAAAGAUGUCGUGACUUAUGUGCGGAGGUGUUGAGAGGGAGGAACAGAGGAAUCAGUAUUGGAAGCAAAUUUGUUCCACGUGAAGAUGAGUAGGCAGAGAGCACAAUGGCUGCCUGUGUCAUGAAUCAGCUGUCUAAAUAUGCUUUCAUCAGAACACACCCAAGAUCACAGUAGGGAUGGAUUCCUUUAGCACCUUGACACUUCAGCAUUUUGACCCAUCGCCGUCGAUCCAUCAUGGAUGGAAGGAAAAUAUUUGGAAGGCACCUGGAGUGGAUUCCAAGUGCUCAACCAAUGGGCACUCGGGGCGGGGUGGUGUAAUGCAACAUCUGGGAUCAAAAACCAAAUCCACUACAUGCUGGUUGGUCAUCAUCAUCAUGGGGGAACUAUUCAGGAGUGAGGAGAUGACACUGGCCCAGCUCUUUCUCCAGUCAGAGGCUGCUUACUGCUGUGUCAGUGAACUGGGAGAACUUGGCAUGGUCCAAUUUAGAGAUCUCAAUCCGGACGUGAAUGUGUUCCAGCGGAAGUUUGUGAAUGAAGUGAGAAGAUGUGAGGAGAUGGACAGGAAAUUAAGAUUUGUGGAGAAGGAGAUCAAGAAAGCCAAUAUUCCAACCGUUGACACCGGGGAAAAUCCUGAGGUUCCUUUUCCAAGGGAUAUGAUCGAUUUGGAGGCUACCUUUGAGAAGUUGGAAAACGAAUUGAAGGAGAUCAACACGAACCAGGAAGCUCUGAAGAAGAACUUCCUGGAGUUGACGGAGCUCAAACACAUUCUUCGUCGAACGCAGCAGUUCUUUGAUGAGAUGGAGGAUCCCAACUUAUUGGAAGAGUCAUCAGCCCUCAUGGAAGGCAACGAAGGGGGAAGAGGUGCUCCCCUCAGAUUGGGAUUUGUGGCGGGGGUGAUCAGUCGAGAAAGAAUUCCAACUUUUGAGAGAAUGCUGUGGCGCGUGUGCCGUGGUAACGUUUUCUUACGGAAGGCAGAGAUCGAAGACCCGCUGGAGGACCCCGCCACAGGAGACCAAGUCCACAAAUCGGUCUUCAUCAUUUUCUUCCAAGGUGAUCAGUUGAAGAACAGGGUGAAAAAGAUUUGUGAGGGGUUCCGUGCCUCUCUGUACCCUUGCCCAGAGACUCCACAAGAGAGGAAAGAGAUGUUAGCUGGAGUCAACAGCCGUAUUGACGAUCUCCAAAUGGUUCUGAACCAGACCGAGGACCACCGUCAGCGAGUGUUGCAGGCCGCCUCAAAGACGAUGCGAGUGUGGUUCAUCAAGGUUCGCAAGAUGAAGGCAAUUUACCACACUCUGAAUCUGUGCAACAUCGACGUGACCCAGAAAUGUCUGAUCGCCGAAGUCUGGUGCCCGGUCUCGGACCUGGACUCGAUCCAGUUUGCCCUACGCAGAGGAACGGAACGAAGCGGUUCCACUGUGCCAUCAAUCCUCAACAGGAUGACAACCAAACAGACUCCGCCCACUUUUAACAAGACCAAUAAAUUCACCUCCGGCUUUCAGAACAUUGUGGAUGCAUAUGGCAUUGGAAACUACAGGGAAAUCAAUCCAGCUCAAUACACCAUCAUCACCUUCCCUUUCCUGUUUGCUGUCAUGUUUGGCGACAUGGGUCAUGGGCUUCUAAUGACCUGCGCUGCUCUUUAUUUAGUCAUCCGAGAAAGUCGCCUCCUCGCCCAGAAAAGUGACAAUGAGAUGUUCAAUAUGGUGUUUGCUGGACGCUACAUCAUAUUGCUCAUGGGGAUCUUCUCCGUCUACACAGGCGUCAUUUACAAUGAUUGCUUUUCCAAAUCACUAAACAUGUUUGGCUCUGGAUGGAGUGUCAGGCCCAUGUUUGGCCCCAAAGGAGCCAAUUGGUCGUUCCAAACGCUUGACGGAAACGCAGUGCUACAGUUGGACCCGGCAAUCCCUGGCGUGUUCAAUGGGCCUUAUCCUCUGGGAAUUGACCCGAUCUGGAAUAUUGCCACCAACAAGCUGACGUUCCUCAACUCCUUCAAAAUGAAGAUGUCUGUCAUCCUCGGUGUUAUCCACAUGCUGUUUGGAGUUUCUCUGAGUCUUUUUAACCAUUUGUACUUCAAGAAGCCACUGAACAUCUUCCUGGGCUUCAUUCCCGAGAUUGUUUUCAUGUUCAGCCUGUUUGGUUACCUGGCCUUGCUGGUCUUCUACAAAUGGACGGCUUACGAUGCAUUGACUUCCAAAGAUGCUCCCAGCUUGCUCAUCCACUUUAUCAACAUGUGCCUCUUCAAUUACAGUGACCCCACGACCAAAUCCCUCUAUGCGGGACAGAUGGGGAUCCAGAUUUUGCUGGUGCUCAUUGCCCUCGCAUGUGUCCCCUGUAUGCUGGUUGUGAAAACCUUGGUGCUUCGGCGUCAGCACCUGUGGAAAAAGCACCUGUCACAGAAGAUUCAAGAAACCCCUGCAGAGAAUCUAGCGCAAUCUUUAGAGAAAACAGGCGUGUCCUCAUCAUGCACCGGACUCACCCAACAGGGCACUCAGAAGUUCGGAGGAGUGCGGGUGGGCAACGGGCCCACGGAGGAUGAGGCUGGGAUCAUGGACCACGACCAGCUCUCCCAACACUCAGAGGAGGAAGAUGAGCACGCAGAGGAAGAGCCGUUUGACUUUGGUGAUGUGGCUGUCCAUCAAGCCAUCCACACCAUCGAGUACUGUCUGGGAUGCAUCUCCAACACGGCCUCUUAUCUCCGUCUUUGGGCCCUGAGCUUGGCUCACGCGCAACUGUCAGAGGUGCUGUGGUCCAUGGUAAUGCGCCUGGGUUUGUCCUCCCGGAGCGGUGGCGGUUUCUUCGGCCUCACCAUCAUCUUUGCGGCGUUCGCCACCCUCACGGUCGCCAUUCUGCUCAUCAUGGAGGGGCUGUCUGCCUUUUUACACGCCCUACGUCUUCACUGGGUGGAGUUCCAGAAUAAAUUUUAUUCUGGCCAGGGCUUCAAGUUUGUCCCCUUUUCAUUUGAAAGCAUCCUGGAUGGAAGAUUUGACGAAUAAUCAUCAGGGAGGUCUAGUCUUCUCUCUUCCUAUCUGUGUGCAUGAACCCUGGUGCAAAUCUCUGUUUCCCUCUAGUGGCAAUCCAAAAAACGUUGUUGUUUGUGCUAUAAGUAAAUGAACUAUUGUAACUUUCAAUACCCCAUCAUGCUGGUUGGUAUUGUGUUCACUUGCAAAAAAAAAAAAUCCUUUUAUUUAUGUAUUUAUUGUCGAAUAGAUUCAGUGAGGCUUGAUGUCAUUUCCUGUUGUGAGUCUCAAGCGGGCCACUUUGAAAUUUAAGGCUGUGGAAAAAAAUGGUAAGAUCCAUUCACUUAACCACAAGAAGCCAUAUCAGUAUUUUAUUAUUUUCCUACAAAAACUAUAUAGAGAGAAUUUCGGCCAUUUAAAACCACACAGCAAUGUUAUUGUGAGACGACAAAAUAGUCCUCUGGUAAGAUGGUGUUACCUGCUGUCUCCUGCAUGUCUUCUGUGUAAAUUGUAGAGGAAAGUUUGUCUUUCAAUGAUCAU